UAGUAAUGAUAACUUUAAUUUUAUUUAUAAUAAAAUUACAAAUUUUUUUAAUAUCCGGAAAAUAUAUAGAAGGAAGAAUUAAAACUCAUAAGGAUUGGAUAUUUUUGACAAGAUUUUGUUUUAUAUCUAAACAAGGGCAAUUCGAAUAUCAAAUGGAAUUCGACAGAAAAAUUGGCGAACCAAAGCUAUUACUUUAUUAUGAUGAACCAAAUCAAUGGCCCGGAGUUUAUAAAACUGGAAAAACCUGUUCUCAAAAAUUGUCGGCAUUAAGUAUAACAAGUAAUCAAAUAAUUACACUAUCAGCUAGAGCACCAUAUAGUUUUCAAUCCGGUUGUAUUUUAAGAUCCAAAGAAUAUUUUGCUGAAAAAACUACUCAGAAACCACAAAUGCAGCCGGUAACCAAAAAUAGUGAAAUAGAUAACAUAAUCAGUUUAAACUCAUCUAAGAUAUUUCCUGAAAGUCUAGUUCAGCUUAAUAUUUCUUAUAAUAUUUUUAUUGAAGAAUUUACAACUGAAAGUAAUGAUGUUGAAACGACUAAAAAAAAGGAGUUUCUUACAUGGGCACCUAUCGACGAAAUUACUAAGAUUGAUUUUACUGUAACAUGCAACAGCUCAGGUGGGUUUCUAUCGGCGAGGAAUCGUUGGUGGUAUAUUGCUAUAUCAAACUGUGGAAGUAAAUAUGGAAUAGAUAUAAAAUAUAAAUUUCGAAUGACAAAUGGUCCACAAGGUGAUUUUUGGCACGAACAUUUUUCUGCUGAUGAAAUGUAUAUUUCACCAAUCCUUUUGACUCAAAGUUUAACUUACACGUUCCUGUUGAUGGCAAUUUUUGUAUGUUCAAUAGAAUUAAAAACCAAACAUUUGUUACAUUGUACCUACAGAUUAUUUGGAAUUAGCGCUAUGUUGCAAUAUUUUGGAAUAAUGAUAUUAGGUGUAGCAUGGGCAAAAUAUGCAAUAUAUGGUGUAGGACCAUUUACAACUAUUGGAACAAUGUUCCAAGGUGCAUCUGAUAUUGUUUAUUUGAUUUUGUUGCUUCUGUUAGCCAAAGGUUAUACAGUAACAAGAGCACGCAUAUCAAUAUGUUCAACGAUAAAAUUUACAGUAUUCAUAAAUGUUUAUUGUGUCACCUAUAUAUCUUUAUUCAUAUAUCGUGAAGAAGUUUUUGAUCCAGGAGAAGUUCUAAAUUUGUAUGAAUCACCAGCUGGCCUUGGAUUAGCACUUUUACGUUGCAUUGCAUGGUGUGCAUUUUUACAAUCUACUAUUCGUACAGUAAGAAAAUAUCCAGAAAAAAUUGGAUUUUUUUUACCAUUUUCAAUGUUAGGCUCCUUAUGGAUAUUAGGAGUUCCAUUUGUAACAUUAACUGGCAUAUAUUUAUUUGAUCCAUGGGUACGUGAAAGUAUUGUUUAUGGAUUUACAGCUUUUCUAACAACAGUUGGACAUUCAACAUUUUUAUGGUUAACUUGGCCAUCAAGAGCCAAUCAAAGUUUUCCAUAUCAUAUACGUACAAAUCACGUAGCUGCUUUGGCAAAUGCUUCUGACGAAACAUCAUCAAUUGAUUAUCCUAGACAUAUUUAUGAACUUUCACCAGAAAAUCAACCACAAACAGUAGAUGGUCGAAUUUUUGAAACAAUUGACUAUAUGCCAAGAGAUAAGUUAACACAAAUUCAUAACAUGUUUUUAGCAAAAUCAUAUUAUCAAAAUGGUUCAACAAUACCUAGUAAAAUUAGUAACGUUAGAGUUAAGAAUUUCGCUAACAAUUAUCACACUAAUUACGGAGAAAUACUAAAUGAAAAUGAUGAACAAACAUUUAAAACUGAAUCACAUGGUAAUGGUGUUUAAAGAAAUUGGCCAUAUUAAAGAAAACAAUUUUAAUUUAAUUUAAAAUUUAUUAAAUGAAGAAAGUGAA